AUGAAACAUGCUUUUUCACUUUUACUGACUUGGUCGUUUUUCAUCGAAUUCAGUCAACCAAUGCCUUCUUAUUCAUCUUCGUCAUCCUUCUCAAAAUCAAGAUCAAAACCAAAAUCAAAAUCCCAGUGGACAUACGAUGUGUUUAUCAAUUUCCGGGGGGAAGACACUCGCAGGAAUUUCGUUUCCCAUCUCUAUUCUGCCCUCAAAGACAGUGGAGUCAACGCUUUUCUGGACGAUGAGAAGCUUGAUAAGGGAGGAGACCUGAAGUCUGAACUGUUGCAUGCAAUAGAAGGGUCUCAAAUAACCAUCGUUGUUUUCUCCCAAAACUACAUUCACUCUACAUGGUGUCUUGAUGAACUCCACAAAAUCAUGGAAUGCAAUGCUUUUAGAGGGCAAGUGGUUAUGCCAGUGUUUUAUGAUAUUGGCCCCUCGUUUUUGCGUGACACCCAACAUAUUUCUUUCGAAGUCAUUUCUGACCAACAUAGCAGGAUAAAACAAUGGAAGAAAGCAUUGACACAAGCAGCAAAUUUAGCAGGUUGGGAUUUGAGAAAUUACAGAAAUGAAAAUGAUGUUAUGAAGGAAAUUGUUUGUGAAGUUUUGAAAAGACUGGAUAGAACAUACUUGUCUAUCACAAACUUUCCAGUUGGACUAGAAUGCCGUCUGCAGCAUGGUAUUGACUUCAUUAGAAAUAAAAAAAUAGGAACCUGUAUAUUAGGGAUUUGGGGAAUGGGAGGGAUUGGCAAAACAACCAUAGCCAAAUCCAUUUACAAUGAAAUUCGUCAUGAAUUCAAAUAUAGAAGUUUUCUUGCAAAUAUUAGAGAAGUUUGGGGAGGAGAUCGGGGCCCAAUUGAUUUGCAAGAACAGCUUCUUUCAGAUAUCCUUAAAACAACAAAGACGAACGUGCAUAGCAUUGAUUGGGGAAAAGGCAAGAUCAAGGAAAUGCUUUGCACAAAAAAGGUACUUGUUGUUCUUGAUGAUGUGAGCACCUCUGAUCAAUUAAAGGCUUUAUGUGGAAAUCGUAAUGAAAUUAGUCGAGGAAGUGUAAUAAUCGUUACAACCAGAAACGCAUGUCUACUCAGAGAGAUUGGAGUUGACUGUGUGUAUGGAAUAGAGAAAAUGAAUAAAAUUGAGUCCCUUGAGCUUUUUAGUUGGCAUGCUUUUAGGAGAGCAAAUCCAACUAGAGACUUCUUUGAACUCUCAAAAGAAGUAAUCACAUACUGCGGAGGGCUACCACUAGCUCUUGAAGUUCUUGGAUCUUACUUAUACAAGAGAAGAAAAGAAGAGUGGCAAAGUGUAUUAUCAAAACUAAAAGAAAUACCCCAUAAUAAAAUACAAGAGAAACUGAAAAUAAGCUAUGAUGGUUUAGCAGAUCAUAUGGAGAAGGACAUAUUCCUUGACAUAUGCUGCUUCUUUAUUGGUAAGGACAGAGGCUAUGUCACAGAGAUAUUAAAUGGUUGUGGACUUCAUGCUGAUAUUGGAAUACCAGUCCUAGUAGAAAGGAGCCUCAUCAAAGUUGAGAAGAAUAACAAACUCGGAAUUCAUGAUUUACUACGAGACAUGGGAAGAGAAAUUGUUCGUCAAAGUUCACCGCUACCACAAAAGCGCAGUAGAUUGUGGGUUCAUGAUCACGUACUUGAUAUAUUGACUGAACAUACCGGAACAGAAGCCAUUGAGGGAUUAGCUUUGAAAUUGCAUAGACCUAGCAGAGUUCACUUCAGUGCAGAAACAUUUGAGAACAUGAAAAGUCUGAGAAUUUUGCAAUUUGAUCAUGUCCAACUUGCUGGAGAUUAUGGGCAUCUUUCCAAACACUUGACAUGGGUCUAUUGGCGAGGAUUUUCAUUAAAAUACAUACCUGACAACUUUUACCAGGGAAACGUAGUUGCUAUUGACAUGAAACACAGUAAUCUUAAGCUAGUAUGGAAAGAGCCCCAACAACAGUCGCUGGAAAGGCUAAAGUUCAUCAAUCUUAGUCAUUCCAAGUUGUUAUCAAAGACCCCUGACUUUUCAAAACUACCAAAUCUUGAGAGAGUCAUUCUCAAAGAUUGUCCAAACUUGUAUGAGGUGCACCAUUCAAUUGGAGAUCUGCCUAAUCUUCUUAUUUUAAAUUUGAAGGACUGUACAUGCCUUCGGAAUCUCCCAGUGAUAAAAUCGAAGUCUUUAAGAGUACUCAUCCUUUCUGGUUGUUUAAAGAUCGACAAGUUAGAAGAAGACAUAGUGCAGAUGGAAUCAUUAACAACUCUAAAGGCAGACAAUACUAACCUAAAACAAGUGCCCUUUUCUAUAAUAAGAUUCAAAAAGAUUGGAUUUAUAUCUCUCUGUGGAUAUGAAGGAUUAGCAGGUGAUUUAUUUCCUUCUAUCAUAUGGUCUUGGAUGUCGCCAACAACAGGUCGUGUAUCCUCUAUGCAAUCAUUUGGAAGCACGUCAACAUCUUUAGUCUCUGUGCAUAUACAGGAUAAUAAUUUGGGUAACCUACUAUCAAAGCUUACUGAAUUUUCAAAACUUCGAAGCAUCUGUGUGCAAUGUAACUCAGAUCUUCAAUUAACUCAAGAAUUAAGAAGAAUAGUGGAUGACUUCUACAAAGUAUAUUCUGCAAUGGAAACCACAUAUGCACCACAAAUUUCAGAAAAUUCUGUGGUAUCUCGUUUAAUUGGAAUUGGAAGUCACCACCAAGUCAUGGAUAUGCUUAGUAAUGAUAUGACAGAGGUCGGUUCUAUCUCUCUAAUCUCUCGCCUCUCUUUUUUUUUGUGUGUGUGAGUUAUACUUACG